AUGCUCUCUUAUGAUGUAGAGAAUUUGGUCAUCAAGGUGUUCAGUGAAUUCUCGUCCAGUGCAAAGAAUAUUAGUGAACUUAAAGAGUUCUUUGACUUCCUGGAGACAGAAUAUUCGGAAAUCUUACGCCAUGUACCUACACGUUUUGUGACCCUUUUCACUGCCGUAGACAGGUUACUGAAGCAUUGGCCUGCCCUCAAAUCUUACUUUGUGAACAAAGGAGAGGAAAAAGUGAGCUGCACAAUAUGGGCCUUUCUUCCUCAGCAAGAGGACGCAGUAUCCGAUGGUGACAUUAUUACACUUCCCGAGCUGUACAUCUACUUUGUGCACAACAUUCUGAGCCAGUUUAACAACACCAUAAAGGUUCUUGAAAGUGAUUUCAUCCAGGUAACUGAACUGCAUGGCGUAUUCAGCAGGCUGAGAAGAGAGAUUCAGAAUCGACAAGAGCAAGGCUUCUACGGGUACAAGGUGACACAGUUCUUGAAAAAACUGCCACCUAAUGAGCAGAAUAAAUUUGUUGGCGAUGCCCAACGGGCUUACACACGCACGCUACAGUACCUGGAAAAGUGGUUUGAUUUCAGCGAAAACUCUUUCUAUGUGUUGUGUGCACCACUCAAUCUGGAUGGACCCCUUGAGCUAGACAAACUGUGCGCUUUGACUACAAGCUGGGACAUUCAAGUAGACGGAGAUGAACUAUUUACAGAAAUGUGCUCAUUGAAUGAUGCGCUACCAACCCUAAAGAGUUUGACAAAUGAUGCUGGAUCGACAUUUUCCCCACAGCAACAAGAGCGAAUCAAUGUCUCUGAGGUGUGGGUAGAAUUCUUUAAGCGCUGGGAGGCCCCGAACUUGCUUAAAAUUGUGCAGCAUGUGCUUGCUAUACCACCCACCAACGCAUUUGUGGAACGCGUUUUCAGUGUUAUGAAAAACCUGUGCACUAACAAAAGGAAUCAGCUCCAUGUGGACAUGGUGAAAGCUGAGUUAUUAGUGUACUUCAACUGUAAAAUGACAUGUGCCGAGUUUGCUGGAUUUUUGAAGACAAAAGCAGCGAAUGAGCUUGUGGUGGCAGCAAGAAAAGAACAGAAGUAUAAAUGUGAGGAGAUGAUGAGUGAGAAUGUGGAAGAGAAUCCUCAGCAGGAAGAUCCUGAGCAAGUUGAAACUCACGGAACUUUAUUGGGUAGAGCUGAAGCGACUGUGUCCUGGAGUCCAGAGUGUGGAAAAGCUGGUGGGUCUCAGCACAGCCCAGAGAGACAGCAGGGAAACCAGCCAGGGAAGAACAUGGGUAAAUCCACUCAAUGUGAAGGUGGUUCGAAGAAUCUUAGCAAAAAUAUGAUGCACCAGAGAUCCUCCAAAGGGGAGGGGAAAAACACAUGCACCGAAUGUGGGAAAAGCUUCAGCCGGAGUUUAUACCUUAUUAUACACCGCAGAACCCACACAGGAGAAAGACCUCAUAAAUGUCUUCAGUGUGGGAAAAAUUUUAUUGGCAUCCCAACCCUGAAAAAACAUCAGAAAAUCCACACGAGAGAAAAAUCCUAUCAGUGCCCCGACUGCGGGAAAAGCUUCGGUGAGCGAUCACACCUUCUAGGCCACCAGAGAGUCCACAGAGAAGCAAAAACCUUCAUAUGCUCUCAGUGUGGGGAAACCUUCUGUAACUGGUCAUCCUUUCUUAGACAUGAGAGAAUCCACACCGGAGAGAGAGCGAAGCCUUACAGCUGCCCUGAGUGUGGGGAGAACUUCCGUGAUAGGACUGGUCUUGUUAGGCAUCAGACAACUCACACGGGAGAGAAACCCUAUAACUGCCUGAAGUGUGGAGAAAGCUUCAGUCGGCGCUCAAACCUGACCAGGCACCAGAAAGUUCACACUGGGGAGAGACCCUAUAAGUGCCUCAAGUGCGGGAAAAGCUUCAGUCAGAAAUCAACCCGCAGUAGACAUCUGAGAACCCACUGGGGAGAAAACGAAUAAAUGCCCCGACUAGAACUGGCUGAAGUGAGUUAGACUGGAGCAGUCGAGACUAGCUUCCUUUUUAACUGCCAGAUUUCUGUGUGCUUUAAAGUCCACAUGUGGACUUGGAUUGUCCUGAAAAUUGCUGUGCCUCAUCUGGGCCGGGGGCAGAGCUAGGGGUCGGGGGUUGUGGCCAUUUGGUCUAGGGGUUCCUCUGAUACAGCCCCCCAAUAAGAAGCUGCUUUUACCAUUCAGAUUGCUCUGAAACCCUGUGCCAAUUUAACCCCCAUGAAAAGCAGGAAAUAUAACAUUAGUGUACAUGCUACUCCCACAACAUAACCUUAACUCUGCCCUCUUUGUGUGAAGUCCCAACGGGCCAAUAACACACAUUUGCUCUCUACCUUUGCAGAUGC